AGAGUGAUCCCCUAGUGAAAGCUUACUUCACCAAAUCUACUGUUACUGCUUUUACUCCCACAAAUCUCACUCGCUUUGGCUACUCUCUAGUCUCUACUCUACUAUCUCACUAUCCCCCAAACCCAAACAAUCAAAACCCUCUCUUUCGUUUCUGGAUCGGAUCCAAGAACUAGAAGCAGAUCCAAAAUGGGUUCUGUUUCUUUGAAAAUUGGUGAUGGAACAGCCAGAUUCAAGAGAGCUACCCUCUGUUCUUCAGCUGUUAACAUUCUUAUGCUUCUCUCCGUUGUUACCACAAAUCUCUUUGCUCUCUACGCCUUUACUUACUCCCCGAAAGACAACCAAACCAACCAUCUUCUUCCCCAUGUUCACCACAAGAACAUUUCUCUCAUAUCAGAGCAAGUUUCUCUGAUUAUGAGAGAGAUCGAUUCUUCGCAAAAGAAGUUGGCCCAGAUGGAGAAAGAGCUUCUAGGCUACGACACCAUCGAUCUGUCCAGACCCAACACUGCCACCGAGCUUAAGCUCUUCCUUCAGCACCACCAGCUUCCUCUCGGAAAAGAUUCAAGAACUGGAAUUACUGAAAUGGUGGCUUCUGUUGGCCAUGCCUGUGAGAAAUCUAGUGACUUGCUUUCUCAGUACAUGACUUACAAGAUCUCUGGGCCUUGUCCGGACGAUUGGAGCCUUGCCCAGAAGCUAAUUUUGCGUGGAUGUGAACCUUUACCCAGAAGGAGAUGCUUUGCCAAGUCAAUUCCCAAGGUGGGUCUCAGCCCUUUUCCUUUUUCUCUUUGGAAACCUGUCUCUGAUAAGAUUGUUACUUGGAGUGGUCUUGGAUGUAAGAAUUUUAAUUGUUUGAACAGCAAAAAACUAAGUAGAGAAUGUUCUGGUUGCUUUGAUUUAGUCAGUGGUUCUGAGAAUCACAAGUUUGUUAAGACUACAAGUAAGAAUGAUUUCAUCAUUGAUGAUGUUUUAGCCUUGGGAUAUGGAGGAAUCAGAAUAGGCUUCGAUAUUGGAGGUGGGUCUGGUACCUUUGCUGCUAGGAUGGCAGAAAAGAAUGUGACUGUAAUCACUAACACUUUGAAUAUCGAUGCCCCAUUUAGUGAAUUCAUUGCUGCAAGAGGGAUUUUCCCACUGUACCUGAGUUUAGAUCACAGGUUCCCUUUCAACGACAAUGUGUUUGACUUAGUCCACGCCGGGAGUGGAUUGGAUGUUGGGGGCAAACCAGAAAAGUUGGAUUUCUUAAUGUUUGACCUGGACAGGAUUAUGAGACCUGGGGGCUUGUUUUGGUUAGAUAACUUUUACUGUGCUAAUGAUGAGAAGAAAAAAGCUUUGACCAGACUGAUUGAGAAGUUUGGAUAUAAGAAGCUGAAAUGGGUGGUUGCAGAGAAGGUAGAUGGAUCAGGCUCUGGUAAAUCUGAGGUCUUUUUGUCUGCUGUGUUUCAAAAGCCUGCUAGAGUAUGAUGGUAGAUCUAAGCCAUUAGGUUAGUUGACACACAAUUUCUCUGGUUUAUUGUUCGGUUGUCCUUGCAUGCCAUUCCUUUCCAUUGAAACCAAUAAUAAGUGCAUAAUCUUUAUUAUUUCUAUUACUGCAAACUAGCAAGUGAUAAAUGUCACUGUGUUUAGCAAUUUAGAGCUGUUUAAUCUCUAAUAUUGUCAUCCAUGGUUGCUUUUUAGGGUAUUUUUAAUGAAUCAAAGAGAUAUAUGGUGUAUUCUUCAA